GCCCCCGGCGCCACGUGCUCGCUGGAGGCGGCACCCUGGGCUGAGCUGAGAAGAUGAUCUGGCUGCCUCUUCCGGCUGCUGGGCGAGUCGCCGUUCAACGUCUGGGCGUGAGGAGCUUGUGGGGGCCGAACGCCGCUGCCAAAGACAUGACGAAGGGUCUUGUUUUAGGAGUCUACUCCAAAGAAAAGGAGGAGGAUGUGCCCCAGUUUACAAGUGCAGGAGAGAACUUUGAUCAAUCGGUGUGUGGGAAGCUGCGGAAAAUUCUGAACUUGUCUGGACCACCUCUGAAGACUGGCAAAACCCGGACCUUUUAUGGCCUACAUGAGGACUUCCCCAGCGUGGUGGUGGUCGGCCUCGGCAAAAAGGCCGCAGGGGUGGAUGACCAGGAGAACUGGCAUGAAGGCAAAGAAAACAUCAGAACUGCUGUGGCAGCCGGGUGCCGGCAGCUCCAGGACCUGGAGCUCUGCUCUGUGGAGGUGGACCCCUGUGGGGAUGCUCAGGCAGCUGCCGAAGGAGCGGUGCUGGGUCUGUACGAGUACGAUGAGCUCAAGCAGAAGAGGAAGAUGACCGUGUCAGCGGAGCUGCACGGAAGCGGCGACCAGGAGGCCUGGGAGAAGGGCGUCCACUUUGCCAACGGGCAGAACUUGGCACGCCAGCUGAUGGAGGCACCCGCCAAUGAGAUGACGCCAACCAGGUUCGCCACAAUCAUCGAAAAGGAGCUGAAGAAUGCCAGCAGUAAAACAGAGGUUCACAUCAGACCCAAGUCUUGGAUUGAAGAGCAGGGAAUGGGGUCGUUCCUGAGCGUGGCCAAGGGAUCCGAAGAGCCUCCCGUCUUCUUGGAAAUCCACUACAAAGGCAGCCCCGACGCUGACGAGCCGCCCCUGGUCUUCGUGGGGAAGGGCAUCACCUUUGACAGUGGCGGCAUCUCCAUCAAGGCCGCUGCCAGCAUGGACCUCAUGAGGGCCGACAUGGGCGGGGCCGCCACCAUCUGCUCUGCCAUCGUGUCGGCGGCCAGGCUCAGCCUGCCCAUCAACAUCGUGGGCUUGGCCCCUCUUUGUGAAAAUAUGCCAAGCGGGAAGGCCAACAAGCCUGGGGACGUUGUGAGAGCCCGGAACGGGAAGACCAUCCAGGUGGACAACACAGAUGCCGAGGGCAGACUCAUCCUGGCUGACGCGCUGUGCUACGCGCACACCUUCGACCCCAAGCUCAUCAUCAAUGCCGCCACCCUCACAGGGGCCAUGGACAUAGCUCUGGGGUCCGGAGCCACUGGGGUCUUCACCAAUUCAUCCUGGCUGUGGAAGAAGCUGUUUGAGGCCAGCAUUGAAACGGGGGACCGUGUGUGGAGGAUGCCCCUCUUUGAGCACUACACGCGACAGGUCGUCGACUGCCAGCUCGCUGACGUGAACAACAUCGGCAAGUACAGAUCUGCGGGAGCAUGCACAGCGGCAGCCUUCCUGAAGGAGUUUGUGACCCACCCAAAGUGGGCGCACUUAGACAUCGCGGGGGUGAUGACCAACAAAGACGAGGUCCCCUAUCUGCGCAAAGGCAUGACUGGGAGGCCCACGAGGACCCUGAUCGAGUUCUUGCUGCGGCUCAGUCAGGACAGUGCUUAACCCCGAUGCUCCCAAAUACCUCCAUUCUGCCUUGCGCCAGACAGCGGAAGUUCAGAAUAUCCUUGAAUGGAUGAAACGUGAUUGAACAUAGCAAAGAAGGACAAUAUUUUAAAACGUAGAACAAAACGGUAUUUACAUGCCUUGAUUUUGUUUUUCAUUUUUAUGAGACAACUGACCGAGGCAACACGAGUGCCAUGUGUGGCAACGGCUUUUAAGAUAUUCUAUAAAUGAAGAUUAAUUUUUGAAAAAUCUUUUUUCCAACGGGUUUUUAAUUGAACAAAAUUGUAUUUCAGAUUCUGGGUCUUGGGAACAUGAAAAACUACAAGUCACUACGUAGUCACAGAAACAAUAAAUGCGACUUCUUGUGCUCUGGUCCCCA